AUGAGGCACCCAGCAGAGAGUACCGCGCCUUUCCCUCUGGCCUUUGGGGUGGGGACGCUGUGGUUCGAGGAAAGUCGCCAGAACAUCAGCCGCAAGAUCGUCGAUGGGAUAAAGACGGCCUUGGAAGUAGGGUACCGACACAUAGAUUCAGCUCAAAUGUACAACAAUGAACGGGAGCUUGGGGUCGCGCUUGAAGAGUCGGGAGUGCCAAGAUCCGAGCUGUUCAUCACCAAUAAGACUCUAAAUCUUGACGAUCCAGAGUCAGCUCUUGCAGAUACCCUCGCCAAUCUCAAGACGUCCUACGUGGACAUGCAAGUUAUCCCCUUUCCCCUCCCAUCCCUCUCGUCCAUGUAUCUCGCACAUGCCCCAUUCCCAGCCACAUCUCCAUCUCAUCUUCAGGAAGCAUGGCGCAAGAUGGAGGUCUGCGUUGACAAAGGCCUCGCCAAAAAUAUCGGAGUCUCUAGUUUCAGCGAGCAGCAUAUUGACACCCUUCUCGAGACAGCCAGGAUACGCCCAGCGGUUGAUCAAGUAGAGAUGCACCCUUACUUACCACAAUCUCAUCUCAAGACCUACCUUGAAGGAAAAGGGAUCCCGAUGGAAGCCUUUGCGUGUCUUGUUCCUCUCACGAAUCUUCAACCUGGCCCAGUUAACGACCUCGUCAAGUCGUUGUCAGACAAGUAUCGCGUGAGCGAGUCGACCAUACUACUCAAGUGGGUGAUUCAACAGGGGAUUCGGGUGGUGACUACUAGUGGCCGAAAAGAACGACUACAGAAUUAUCUAAAUGAGCUUGCUGCUUUUGACCUUGAGGAGAAGGAAAUAGAAGAGAUUCCAGCUCCACCGGACUGA